UCAAACUGCGAUUCAAUGGCCCAGCAAAACAAGAAAAUGCGCCCUGUAUUACUCAAACGGAAUAGCCUGGAUUCAGUUGAUUUUAUGAGGCAGCCACACCACCGCAGGAGCAAAUCUCAGCAAGUCCGAUUCAAAGAUGAUGGUACAAACAAGAAGCCGAUUGGUGUCACUGAAAUGGACACUAAACCUGCCAAAGACACAACGCUCAUGAUUGGAAAGGCACAAAUAUCUAGGCACCAUAACCUGCCAAACUAUUCUCUCUCUUUCCCAAGGGCUCAGAAGGGGCAUCGGAAUAUUGCUAUUCAAACUUCUCCGAGCCUUAGGAAGCACUUUCCAGUUUUUAAAAAGAAAAAACUGACAACAAGUAAGUCUUUAAUGGAAAUGCCAACCAAGCCUGAAUGCUCUGUCCAAGUCAACGGCAAUCUUUCUGAACAAGACAUGUCUUUGGACCUCUCUUAUUUAAGAAUAACUAAACAUUUGGAAGAUGGAUCUAGAAGAGCCAAGACAUCCAAUCCGUUAUUUCAAAGAGAGUGUAAAGCACAAAGCAAUGGGCCUAUCCACUCAGACUCAGAUACUUCCGCAAUACUGGAAAAGGCAACUGUUUAUACACAGGUGCCUGAAUACAUACAUCUGACUUCUCCACAGGACAACAGUGCUUCCGUUUAUGCUUCAGACAUGGCCAUGGAUUUAAAUGAUUCAGUACGUUCUCCUACUACUAUGAGGCAAUCCAAUGAAAACUAUACACUGCCAUCCAAAUCAGGAAAAUCUCCCUCCUGCUUAAACAAUACCAGGAACUGCAAUGAAAUUAAUCGACAUUAUGACUCUUGUGAAGCAAAAAGUGUUUUGGAGUCACCUGUAUCCACUAAAGACACUAGCACUAAUGAAAACACUCCACUAUCACCUCUGUCGAAUCAGAGUUCAUCACACUGCUUUCUUAGAGAUCAUCAACAGCUAACAGAGCUUGAAACAGAUUCUGACUGUAUGGUGCUGACUAAUGAUAAUCAUGGAAUAACGUCAUUGACCAGCAGUAAUGAGUCAAAAUCUAUUCCCUCGUGUCACACUGAAAUGGAUAAAACUUCUACACGGUCAUAUGUUCCAGAGUAUAGCAAUUAUUUAGAAGACUUUCACAUAAAGUCCCAUCUUCCAGGGAAUGAAAUUAAACCAGAAACCAACAAAGAGAUUAGAGACAUUAAUCAAAUUCACUUGGCUCAUGGCGAACUAUGUGCCCUACAAGGCAGGCUCCAGUCCAUAGAGGAAUCUUUGCACUCAAACCAGGAGAAGAUUAAAGUCCUUUUGAAUGUAAUUCAAGACCUGGAAAAAGCCAGAGCCCUCAGUGAAGGGCGCAACUUCUAUCGCACUGGCCAAGACCUCAACAACUGCAGCACUUGCCAGAACACUGCAUGUAUCAUUUACAGUGUGGAAUAUGACUUCAGACAACAAGAAGGCAGAUUUCAUCAGGUUUUGAAAACACUGGAUCAAGUGGAGCAAACACCUGCCACGGCUCCAGCCCCCAAAUUACCACCUGACCAUCCAAUUCCUGAGAAACAGGAAUUAAGACGAAAAACAAAAAAGGUGAAAAAGAAAUGCUUCUGGUGGAUGUGA